AUGUUCUAUCUCAUUGGCAUCGGGAUGUCCUCACCUGAGGAUAUCACUCUCAGCGGACUAAAAACGAUCAAAGAUAGUAAGAAGGUUUACUUGGAAGGUUAUACCAGCGUAUUGAUUGAUUCACAAGUAGAAGAUUUGCAAGCCCUUUAUGGUACGGAUAUCAUCUUAGCCGAUCGGGACUUCAUCGAAACUCGAUCAGACGAAAUUUUGGACGAGGCCGCCGCGGAAGAUGUUUCUCUCUUGGUUGUGGGUGAUCCAUUCGGAGCAACCACGCAUGCAGAUUUACUAUUGAGAUGCACGAAAAAGGGAAUCAAAUACCGAGUCAUACAUAACGUAUCUAUUCUGAAUGCGAUCGGAUCGAUCGGAAUCAACCUAUACCACUUCGGCCAAACGGUUUCGAUCCCCUUCUUUAAUGCGAAUUGGAGACCUCAAAGCUGGUUCAAGAAAAUCAACCAAAACUUCAGCAUAGGUCUACAUACAUUGUGUCUUCUCGAUAUCAAGGUCAAAGAGCAAUCCGAUGAAAAUUUGGCUAGGGGUCGCAAGAUUUAUGAAAAACCCCGGUACAUGACCAUCACCACGGCAAUCGAACAAAUAUUAUCGAUCAUGGAAGAGUUGAAGCAAGCAGAUGAAAGCCUGACCGGAGAAGAGGAAGAGGAGCAGACAGAAGAGAAAUACAUAAACAGAUUGACCGAUCCUGACCAGAUCUUAUGUAUAGCAGCAUGCAGAGUCACCUCCAAAACAGAAAAAUUCUUGGUCGGUACUAUGUCGGAACUCGCGAAGUUGGAGCCCGAACAAUUCGGAGGACCCUUGCAUUCAUUAAUCAUCCUGGGAGACGGUCCUUCGAGGAAAAACUUGAAUCCGGUCGAGAUCGAAUUUCUUUCGGGCUUUGCUGUCGACAAACAAUCCUGGUUGCAGCUCACCACCCCUUCAAGUGAUUAA